UUACCUGCAUAACAUGCGAUUACUCCCACUUGCGUAGCUUGACUGACAGAUCAGCUAAGCUACAGCUCAAGUGGGAGUAAAACCGGCAAAAUAAUUAUUAUGCAAAUAGUUUAGAUAACGUUUUUGUAAUUUUUAUCAUGUUUAGAUUAUUUACAUUCUCUAUUGAAAUUUUAAGGUAUUAAUUUUAACCGUGAUCGGUGGUGUCAGUUUUGUGGUCUGUUUGCGUUUUAAAAUGACAAAUUUUAAAUAAAAUCUAAAAAAGUCGAUUGACCGACAGCUGACUUGUGAUCGAGUACACGAGCACGAUAUAACUUAAAUUGGAUUUGCAAUAUAGUGUCAAAUACACUAGUGUCAGCUGUUCAUAAUGUUUGACACUGAAGAUGAUUUAAUAAAUUCAUCGCAAUUGUCUAGAGAAUCUGUAAACGAUGGGUUCGUGUAUAUUGUUCCCAAAUCAACUUAUGUUCCUCCCGAAAUCGAUGAAAAUGAUGAAAGUUUGUACGCAACUGGAAUUCAUUCUGGUAUAAAUUUUGAAAAAUUAAACGAAGUUGAAGUGAAAAUAAGCGGUAAAGAUGUGCCAAAAGGAAUCGAAAGCUUCGAAGCCUGUGACAACAUGCAAGAUAUAUUAAUGGAAAACAUUAAGAAAUGUAAAUUCCAUAAGCCGACUCCCAUACAAAAACAUACUUUACCGAUUAUCUUGUCUGGAAGAGACUUAAUGGCUGCUGCGCAAACUGGGUCUGGAAAAACGGUAGCUUUUGUUUUACCGAUUCUACAAAAUUUACUUGCUAAUCCUUCCAAAGUAGUCAGAGACAACAAUCACAGCGAACCGCAAGUCGUUAUUAUGGCACCCACAAGAGAGUUGGCCGUUCAAAUCAAAACUGUGGUAUUGAAAUUAGCUAGAGGUACAGGAAUUUCUUCGUUACUGUGUUACGGUGGAACUCUCGUCCCUCACCAAAAGUCUCAAAUUCUUAGAGGUUGUCACAUACUCAUCGCUACGCCGGGCAGAUUAAACGAAUUCAUACAACACGGGUUCAUCUCCUUCGCAUCGGUAAAAGUUUUGGUUUUGGAUGAAGCCGACAAGAUGUUAGACGAGGACAUGAAAUUUGAUGUGGAUAAAAUUCUCGAUCAUUUUUCCAUGCCUUCAGUCAUAAAGCGACAGACUAUUAUGAUUUCUGCAACGUUGCCCGACGUCAUACAACAUCUGGCGGCAUCCUAUUUGAAUAAGAAUUAUUUAUUUUUGGCGGUAGGCAUCGUUAGUAGUGCAUCGAAAGACGUCAUACAGGAUAUUCGUCAAGUCAAUAAGCUCAAAAAACGAAUAACACUAAUUAAUAUUUUAAAUGAUGCUGACCGUAGCAAAGGAACUAUAGUGUUUGUUAAACAUAAAUGGACGGCAGACUUUCUAGCCACUUAUCUAUGCGAAAAAAACUUUCCUUCGACAAGCAUUCACGGCGAUCGACUGCAAGAAUAUAGAGAACAAUCUUUACAAGACUUUGUUUCUGGAAAGCGGAAUAUACUUGUCGCUACAUCGGUGGCUGCACGAGGAUUAGAUAUCAAAAAUGUCGGCCACGUAAUCAACUUUGAUUUGCCCGAUACGAUUGAAGAGUAUGUACACCGGAUCGGACGUACCGGUAGAGUUGGAAAUCAAGGGAAAGCUACAUCGUUUUUCGAUGUCGAUUACGAUUACAUGUUGGCACAACCGUUGAUCAAGAUACUAGCAAUGGCCAAUCAAGAGAUACCUCAUUGGCUAAAAACCAUAGGAAAAGAAAUCAACGAACAAAAACUUCCAGACGAGUGUGACCAGUUUGGAGGAACUGAUAUAAGACUGAAUUUCUCUUCAUUCAACGAAGAAGAAGAUUGGUAGCAUGAAUUUGAAUUUUCAAGACUUCAAUCGUUAUUAUUACUUUAAAAUAAUUUGAAUACCUCGUAUACAUAUCUAGAUAACAUUUGUUGUAUAUUUUUUAUUUUUAAAAUUAAAACAAUCGAUCGUUUAAGU